CACACACACACACACACACACGAGCGCGCGUCCUCACUGCCACUAGCCGCCGAGAGGUGCAGAGAUGGGAGCAACCCAUUCACUUCCACUGCCCACACCUGUCUGAGCGCGCCUGUCCACCCGGGCGCACCAAGCUGGGUCGGGGCGCAGGGAUGCGAGGCACCGGAGCAGUGCUCAGCAUGGCCAUCAUUCCAACACUCCUCCUCUUCCUCCUCUGUGUCAUCCAGGAGGUCAUUCCUUACAGCGUUCACUGGAAGCCUACGUGGCCGGCUUACCGAGUCCCCAUCGUCUUGCCCCAGUCCACCCACAAUUUAGACAAGCCAGAGUUUGUUGCUGAAGCCAAAUUGGAAGUGUCCUCUCCCUGCGGACCCCAGUGCCACAAGGUUUCACCUCUGCCAACAUAUGAAGAAGUCAAGCAGUACUUGUCGUAUGAAACACUGUACGCCAACGGCAGCCUCACAGAGACAGAAGUUGGUAUCUAUGUCCAGCGAAGUGAGACAGAGUCCAGGGGCCGGUCUCGGAUGAAGAGACAGAUUUAUGGUUAUGACAGCAGGUUCAGCAUCUUUGGAAAGGAUUUCUUGCUGAACUAUCCAUUCUCAACUUCUGUGAAGCUGUCAACCGGCUGCACGGGCACCCUGGUAGCUGAGAAACAUGUCCUCACUGCUGCCCACUGCGUCCAUGAUGGCAAAACCUAUGUGAAGGGUGCCCAGAAACUUCGAGUGGGCUUCCUGAAGCCCAAAGUGAAAGAUAGCAGUCGGGCCACUAACACCUCCAACUCAGCCAUCCCCGACAAGAUGAAAUUUCAGUGGAUUCGAGUGAAGCGCACCCAUGUGCCCAAGGGUUGGAUCAAAGGGAAUGCCAACGACAUCGGGAUGGAUUAUGACUAUGCUCUUUUAGAGCUCAAAAAACCCCAUAAGAGAAAAUUCAUGAAGAUUGGGGUGAGCCCUCCUGCCAAGCACCUGCCCGGGGGCCGAAUCCACUUCUCUGGCUAUGACAACGACCGGCCAGGAAAUCUGGUGUAUCGCUUCUGUGAUGUCAAAGAUGAGACGUAUGACCUCCUCUACCAGCAGUGUGAUGCCCAGCCCGGGGCUAGUGGGUCAGGAGUGUAUGUGAGGAUGUGGAAAAGACAGCAGCAGAAAUGGGAGCGCAAAAUUAUUGGGAUCUUUUCAGGACACCAGUGGGUGGACAUGAAUGGCUCGCCGCAGGAUUUCAACGUGGCCGUUCGCAUCACCCCCCUAAAAUACGCACAGAUUUGCUAUUGGAUUAAAGGAAACUAUGUGGAUUGUAGGGAGGGGUGAGAAGGCUGUUUCUCCCCAGAAGCACUUAAAGGUCUUCAUUGUACUUAUUUUAGGAAAGGCCAGACUUUGUCAUUAGAAAGAAAGAGAGUGAGUGAGAGAGAGAGAAAGAGAGACACACAGAGAGAGCGAGAGCAAGAGCGAGAGUGAGAGAGAGAGAAUGUAUGUUUGUAUGUGCAUGGAUGGGAGUGGAUGACUAUGUGAUGUCAGUGUGAUUAUCUAUGUAUAUGUCUGUAUAUGUACAUGUGUUUGCCUAGAGUGCGUAUUGUAGUGUUUCUUUUAAAUCCCUAAAAUUACAAAAUGGCUAUUUGAAAGAAAACUUGUGCAUCACAUCAUGUGAGCAAUUUAAAGAUAUCUUUUGAUAGAAAUAAAGGCAUAGGGUUGGGGUUUUUUUUGUUGUUGUUUGUGUGUUAAUUUAAUCUUAAAUUUCCAAGGACUUUGGGUUUGAUCCAAUCAGGCUUUCAUUAGUUUAUAUUAAAUACAUAGCACAAAGGAGGUAUAAAUUCAUUCAAGGGUGUAUCUUUCCUAUAUUAUGUCAUUGGAAACAUGUUAGGUCCAGUUCAUUAAAGGUACCAGCUCAUUCUCAGACUCCCUAAUGAGUUCAAGGACUAGAGGAAGAUGUGGUGAUGGUAUAAUGAACUUGAAGCAUUCUUUUUUGUUAGUCCUUAAGAAGAAUGAAAAAGCAAAAAAAAAAAAAUUAUCUACAGUAUUAAUACAUACAUUUUAAUAUAAUUUAAUAAUAAUGAAACUAAGAUCACAAAAUCUUAAAUUUAGAACUUAGAAGGGAUCUCAAAGGCCAUCUGAUUUUUUUUCCAAAACCCCUCCCUUUACAAGGGAGGAAACUGAGGCCCAAGAAAAUUAAGCAGUUUGACCAAAAUCAUACAAGUAAAUUCUUGACUUAGGUAAGACUUGAACUUUGGUCCUCUCUCAGGCUUCUCUUUAGUUUAGAAUUGGUUCCAUCCAGUUACCCAGAAUAGGCAAAGGUGUAUUUGUAUCACUUCAUUCAGUUCUUGCCACUUCACUAGAUUUUAAUUAGAACAAUGCCUCAGUAGCAAUGGGCCUGACAUAUUUAACCUAAACUACCAUUGAUUCCCAGUUGUUUAGUCACUAGGCAAAGAAAGAAUUAUUUAUUCUUUCCUUCUACAAUCCCCUCCUGCAACAAGAUAAUAAUCCAAAAUGUAUCACCGCUUUUGAUUAGAAUUAUUCAAAGUUACAGAAGUGAGUGCAAGGGAUGAUGUUGUAAAAAAAUUACCCUGGCAUGGAUUCUGUUAAUAUAAAGUUAUUACAAAAUAAAAUAAAAUAUUAAAAAAAAGAAUUAUUCAAAUUAAAUGCCAAAAAAAAAAAAAUGAGAAUGAUGCUAGACAUACUAUGGAAACAAAAUAAUGCCUUGUUUGAGCAAAUUGACUCGCCAAACAAAAAUUAUCCUUCUUAGAGAAGUUUCUGUGCUUCUUAGGGAAUGCAUGAGUUUAACUUGUCUACACAGUAUUCUUUGGUGACAUUUUUGGCGAAAACCUUUAGAUGGUCAUUAAGGAAGUACACACAACAGGACUUUUAAUCUAGCUCUAAAAGGGUCUCUAUUUUCAGGAUGCCCUGGUAUAUUAACCAUAUCACAUGCAAUUUUUUUUUUGUUUUCUUUUUAAAAUGAGGGAAUCCAAGGUGGAUCAGGUAACUGCAAUGACUAAUGCUUUAAAAUAUAAUUAAUCAUUAUAUGUAAUUGAGAGACUUCAAUUUCUUGUUUUUUAUUUACAUUUUUUGACUCUGCUUCCACAGCUACCACUUGAACACUUGAUGAAUGUAUAGCAGUGAAGAAAGAAAAAUCUAAGGUGUUAAAUGCCAAUAGUCAUUCUAGUUGCCCCUCAGGGCAUCAUUCCAAUGUGUUUACUGUUACUUAUUUGUGAGCAUAUUCAAAUACAGCACUGUUGUCACAGA